AUGGCCGCCGACUCCGCGCCGCCCCGCGUCCUCAACGUGAACGUGGGAGUGCUGGGCCACAUCGACAGCGGCAAGACGGCUCUGGCGCGGGCGCUGAGCACCACCAGCUCCACCGCCGCCUUCGACCGGGCGCCGCAGAGCCGGGCGCGGGGCAUCACGCUGGACCUGGGCUUCUCCUGCCUGCGCACCGCGCUGCCGCCUCAGCUGGGCCCGGGGCCCGGCGAGCUGCAGUUCACGUUGGUCGACUGCCCGGGGCACGCCUCCCUCAUCCGCACCAUCAUCGGCGGUGCCCAGAUUAUCGAUCUGAUGAUGCUCGUCAUCGACGUGACGAAGGGGAUGCAGACGCAGUCAGCGGAGUGCUUGGUGAUCGGGCAGAUCGCCUGCCAGAAGAUGGUGGUAGUUCUGAACAAAAUAGAUCUCCUUCCAGAGGCCAAGAGACAAAGUGCCAUUGAGAAGAUGACCAAGAAAAUGCAGAAGACCUUGGAAAAUACGAAGUUCUCUGGGUGUCCUAUUGUUGCUGUUGCAGCAAAGCCUGGUGGACCGGAGGCUCCAGAGUCUGAGAAUCCACUUGGUGUUUCUGAAUUAAUUGAGGUCCUGAAGUCUCAGGCUUACCUGCCAUCGAGAGACCCCUCGGGACACUUCCUUAUGGCAGUCGACCACUGCUUCUCUAUCAAGGGUCAAGGCACGGUGAUGACAGGGACUAUUCUCUCUGGCUCUGUUAGCCUUGGUGACAGUGUGGAGAUUCCUGCCCUGAAGGUGACAAAGAAAGUCAAGUCUAUGCAGAUGUUCCAUACUCCUGUGACGUAUGCCAUGCAGGGUGACAGAGUAGGCAUCUGUGUGACCCAGUUUGAUCCCAAACUACUGGAACGAGGCCUGAUCUGUACCCCAGAAUCACUUCACACCAUCCAUGCUGCAAUAAUUUCCCUGACAAAAAUCCAGUAUUUUCGAGGAGCGCUUCAGACAAAGGCUAAGUUUCAUAUCACAGUCGGUCAUGAAACAGUCAUGGGAAGAGUGAUGUUUUUCAGUCCGGCUCCUGCUGACUUCAAUGAAGAAAUUCAAGAAAAUGCUUUUGAUUUUGAUAAAGACUAUCUUUAUCAAGAGGAGUAUUUGUCCAAGGACUCAAAGCCUUCAGAGGAGAAUAAAGAAAAUGGCCAAUCAGAAGUCCAGCUGCCAAAACAACAGUGGGCUCUGCUAGAGUUCGAAAAACCCGUCACUUGCCCUAAGCUGUGCCUUGUGAUCGGCUCCAAGCUGGAUACGGAUAUUCAUGCAAACACCUGCAGGCUGGCAUUCCAUGGGGUGCUGCUCCAAGGCACGGAAGACAAGAACUACGCAGAGACUUUUCUUCCAAAGCUGAAAGUAUACAAACAAAAGCACAAAGAAGGACAAGUGGAGAGGGUGAUUGAUGAUUACAGCGUGAUUGGCCGUUCGUUGUUUAAAAAGGAAACAAACAUCCAGAUUUUUGUGGGUUUAAAAAUCAAACUAUCUACAGGAGAAGAAGGAAUAAUAGAUGGAGGUUUUGGACAGAGUGGCAAAUUUAAAAUCAGAAUUCCAGGUGGGCUGAAGCCAGAAACCAAGAUGCUUCUCAGUGCUGCCUCCAAGAAAAAAUCUAAGGCAGGAAAGGGGGAUGCAAACAAAGAGAAUGAAAGCAGCAAGAAUGAUUCGGCUCAACCUGUUACCAUCACUCUUCUUUUUAAAAGAUAUGUCUUUGACACACAGAAGAAAAUGAUACAAUCCUGAGAAAGCAACGAAGCCUCUGAGCCCACCAGAAAGACCAGGCUCUGGAAUGAAUUCAGAUGGAAUGUGUUGCUUGCCUGAGUGCAUUAGACCUGUUCCUUCCUUGCAGAGCUUGGAAGCUCCUGCUGACUGUAUCUGCUUCUGAAAUCCCUGCGAUCUGGUUUUAUUCAGUUAAAUGGACUUAUCUUGUCAUCUUAGUGAUUUGAACCUUUAUGGCCUCUUGAAGGAUGCCACCUGUCAUAUGGCAGCGUUGGGGCGUGCAUUCUCAUAGCAGUGCUUUUCUGCUGAAUUGUUUCAAGGUUUCACAUAAUCUGAAAGUUUGCCACCACUAUUGAUCUAAAUGCAGUCAAGAUGUAAAUUUCAUGCAACUCACAAAGUGAAGCUGAUUUGCCUAGGUUUUCUUCCCCAAGUGAAGCGAGGGACAAAAAGCGCGUGAUAUAAUAGGUGGAACCUAGAAUGGAUAUUUCAGAUGCCUUCAGCUGCAACUAUGUAAGAUGUUAUCUGAGAGUUGGUAUGGAUCUUUGUUAUAGAUGAUUUCUAUCUAGAAAUGUUUUUCGUAUUAAACAUAAUGAUGUGUAUAA